AUGACAACAGUGCCGGUCACAGUGUCCCUCUCGGCUCCGUCGGUUUCUGACGCGCCUGAUGCUACAAGUGGAGAUGUACCUUUUGCUGCUGGAACAGACCCUCUCCGGUCAAAUGAACCGAUCACUCAGACUUCUCCCGAUGUUCAUAACAUUACUGUUGAAGAGGAGUCCACUACCCAACACUCCUACUACUCAGAGCAGGCCCAGGCAACUCCUGACUACGAAGAGCAGGAAGUAGAUGUGGCUGUUUACUUGGCUGAAGCACACGAAAGUUCCGAUGCACCUGUCUCGGAACCGCCUACCGAAUCCUCAGUUCACUACUCCGAAGCGGUGGCUCACUUUACCCACGAGCGGAUGGAGCCGUCGUGUGAGGGAGGAGACAUUCCGAGCAUAGGAUUCGUCACUUCCUCCACCGUUGAGAUCAACUCAUCCAUUCACACUCAACAACAGCAGCAAGAGGAGCUAGAAGUUGAGGACUAUGAGGACCUGGGCGAUGAAGAGGAGGCAGAAGAACCCCGACCCCAUAUUGCUGAUGAUGGAGAAGACGAUUCGCAACAGAUUGAGGGAGAGGAUCAAGGUCGAGAUGAAAAUGAGGAGGAUGACGAUGGUGAUGGAGAGGAGGAGGAAGAAGAAGAAGCCACUCACUCAGAUAAUGCCGUUAUUAUUCUGAGCAGUGGUUCGGAGACGGAAGAGGAGGAAGAGGGUCAUGACUCAGAAAGCGAGGGCGAGGGUGACGAGGAAGAAGAAGAUGGUGAUGAUGAGGAUGAGGGGGACAGAGAGAGGGAGGAAGGAGAUUAUGAGGAGGCGGACGAAGAAGGAGACGUGGAUAAUGAAGACGAGGAACACGAGGAAGAGGAGGAGGAAGAAGAAGAAGAGGGAGAACACCAUGAGAGCAGUGAAGACGAAGGUGCGGGCGACGGUUACGAACUCGAACUUGAGAACCCCGAGUCCACUGACUACGAAACGGAGCAUCCCCAUGGUGAUUCAGUCCUCGGGGCAUCAGCGCCACCUGCGCCCUCCACUCCCAUCUUGGCGCAGCAGGAAGCAACGCCUGCUCCAGGCGUCUCCUCUGCUACUGCUCACUCGUCGCUCUUUGGUGGCGCUGUUGCCAGCAGCUCCGCGCCAGCUGCUGGUCUCUUUUCCGCUCUGGCUACUACCUCAGCAUCAAGCACGCCCUCGGUGUUCGGCGCUCAACCCCCGAUCCAGUCUUCAUCUGCGUCAGCUUCCCUUGGACAGCUGCAGCAGCAGCAGCACUCUGAGGAAUCGGUUGGCACGUCCUUGAAGCAGAAGAUUCGGCCUAUUGUCUGGUCAGAAACUUCCAGUCCCGCGGAGCCUCCAGCUCCAGUUUCGUCUGCCGCCAAAUUGCUCGGCGCCAGUCGCCGCAAGAACUGGGGUGUACCGGGUCGACCUGGCCCUGUGCGCAGGGGUUCUCGUGGGCCCACCGCCCCACGCUAG